UCUGAACUGUACUUGAGAACUGCAAGCACAAAUAAGCUAAUCAUGUCCCAAUACGAUCUCAUCGGAGCAUCGUAUAACGUUGUUGAAAACCUUCCUUAUAGAGCUGUUGAAAAGUACAAUGUAUACAUGGCCAUCAAACCAUUGCUUAAGCCAGGUACAUCUGUUAUUGAAUUUGCAUGCGGUACAGGAUUUUAUUCAUCACACAUUCUUACUUGGGGUGCUGAAUAUGUGACUGGCAUGGAUAUCUCGCCCGCGAUGCUGGAAAGUGCGACAAAUCGAUUACCAUCACAAGUUGCUUCCGGAAAUGCGCGAUUUGUAGUCGGAGAUGAUACAAUGUCGACAUCAUUCGCCCCCGAUGAUAGUUACGGGCAUUUUGAUUUGGCUUUUGGCGCCUGGUUUCUCAACUAUGCUCCGAGCAAAGAGAAAUUAAUAGCUAUGUUUGAGAGUAUCUCCCUCAAUCUCAAAUCAGGUGGUGUCUUUGUGGGAGUUGUUCCGCACCCAACAGAUGACCUAGUAAAACGAGCAGAGGAUUACAAAGAUGCUGCCCUGAAUCAAUACUUCCCGCGCAACGAAUAUUUAGAUGAGUUGGACUCAGGUGAUGGUUGGAGAUUACGGGUUUUCUUAAGUAACGAUGGGGUGGACUUUAUGACUUGGCACAUGAAAAAGAGUGUGUAUGAAGAAGCUGCAAGGCUCGGUGGCAUGAAAGGCAAACUGGAGUGGAGAAGAGAGACACUAGGUAGAGAGGACAAGAGAGAGCAGUUUGGUUUGACAGCUGAUGAAUGGCAAGUGAGAGUGGCAAACCCUCAUUGCGGGAUAUUGUUAGUUUGGAAAGACUGAAUGUCAAUUACGAAAGGUAAAACUAAGGAAUCUCGAGAGAUUCAACUGCUGGGACGGAACACGUCAACACUCGAAACCCGUAGUGUUGAAUACAUUGCGAAAUGAAAGGAGGUUAGGCAUAGGAUUGGCUUAAGAAAAAUACUACGCACGUGCACACUCACUAUAUGUUUGAUUUCAUCAGCAUUUUAUAGCAGGAGCUGAAUAGAUACGGC